ACCAUCAUCUGCCAACGAAAAGAAAAUGAUGUAAGUCACCAUGUCCAUCCAUCCGAUCCGCAAUUUGAGUCGUAAUACCUCGUCGAAUAGUAGCGCCUCCAAGGCCCACGAGUUCCCCUGUGCCAAAGGAGGCGUCGCUGUCCCAGAACCCACCAGCCAAGUCACUGCUGUCUGCACCAAGGGCGUCGGGGAAUGGGCCCCGUGCCCCAAGGCUGCGGUCUCGUUCGUGGAGGAAGUCCGAGGAUCCGUGAUUGGUGGCCAGGUCAAGGCCGUCGUCAAUGUCAUCUCGCGGACCACCGCCAGCUCUGGCGUCAAGUCCUGGCCCGGCGUAGUCGCGAACAACACCUUUUUCCUGCGCAUUCCCGAGGACUCGACCGAGUGGGACCCGCAAGGCUUUGGCUUCAAGGAGUCUGUCUUGGCCAUCCUCGAGCUCGCCGAGGGCUGUCUGGAGUGCGAGAACGUCGUCAUCUGUCUCGAAAAGUCCCGCGCCGACCUUACCCCGUUGAUGCGUGCAUUUAUGUUUGUUGGUUUUGAGCUUGUCCAUCCCAGCAUCUACAUGUUUGAUUCGUCGCUCGUCCUGCUUGGAUGCGCUCUAUAA